CAAGAAACCCCCGUCGGCCCGUCCCUUCCGCUUCCCCUUCUCCCCAAUUCGCAAAACGAAAACCCCAAGCGGUGUGCGGCGGGCGGCGAUCGCUGGACAUGAAGCGUAGGAACCAAAAAUUGUGGGGUCGCUUGGGCGGAGGGGGAGGCCAGGGGUGGAAGGCGAAGAGGGCGAGGCCUGACUGCGGCUGGCGCGGCGGGGCAGAGCCCGUGGUGAGGUGGUCGCAUGCUGAGGCCAUGAAGAAGAGCCCCGCCGGUGGAGGCGACGCGGUCGUCGCUGGUGGUAGUGGAGGGUGGGCGAGGGGUGUUCUUGGUCCGGGAAAGGCGGGGCUUGGUGGGCCGAGCUGCGGGAGCGGAGGGUUUUGGACGAGCUGGUCGGAGGCGGCGGCGCCGGCUAAGGCGGCCGGUACGGCCACCUGCGGGGGGAAGGGAGUGCAGAUGUGGGACUGGACGGAACCGGACGCGGAGAAGGCGAGGCCUUGGGGCGCCGGGGUAGGAGAGGCGGGAGGCGCUGAGGAGGAUGUGGUUUAUGAGUGGAGGUGGACGGAGGCGGUAAGCCCCGAGAUCCUGGCGCUGGUGCUCCGCGGGCGGGUCGCCGCGGACGAGGUGGCGCGGGGCGUGGCGCUGGUGUGCAGGGCGUGGAGGCAGGCCGCGGCGUCGCCGGACAUGUGGGGGGACGUGGACAUCGAGGCGUGGUGCCGCCGCGUCAACUGCCGCGCCAGGGCCGACGCCGCCGUGCGCCGGCUCGUCACCCGCGCGCAGGGCACGCUGCGGAGGCUCUCCGCCUACCGCGUCGGGGACGCCUCGCUCGCCUACGUCGCAGCCUCCGGGAGGCUACUCAAUGUCCUCCAGAUCCCAAUGAGUGAGAUCACUGAUCAAACCGUGGAAAAGCAUGCAGAAUGCCUUCCUGCACUUAAAGUGCUGGACAUCAGUAAUUGCCUGAAUAUCACGUCCAGAGGAAUCGAGGCACUAGGCCGGCACUGCAAGUUGCUCAUUCAACUGAAGAGGAACAUGCCCCCUCCAGAUCCUCCUCUGGGUAACAAUACAGCUGCUAAGGUAGUUGAAGAAGAGGCAUUGGCAGUCGCAAACACCAUGCCGGUGCUGGAACAGCUUGAGCUUGCCUAUGGCCUGUUCAGUGACCUUGCAUUAAACGCCAUUCUUAACAAGUGUCCCCUGCUGCGCGUGCUGGACAUACUUGGCUGCUGGAACGUCAGGCUUGACGGUGAUAUUGAGGAUCGGUGCUGUGCUCUCGAGUCAUUCAGGGAGCCAUGGGAGCCUGAGUACAGCACUGACUCGAGCAGCGGAGGUGACUACGACGACAACAAUACUGACAGUGAUGAUUCGCAGGGUUCUGUUUAGAGUUUGGAGGGGUUGCAGCAGUGAUCAUUUGAGAGUACCAGCUGAUGAUUCUGAGGUAGUUUCGGUAUUGUAGUCUGAUGCCAACCUGCGCAUCUACCAUUGGUGACCAUUGUUAUUCCAUACCUUACAAGACCUGCAUUAGAGUGCCACUGCUUAUGCAGAGAAGUAAAUAAGCUUCAGUUAACAGUAGAAAAAUAAAAUAUAGUAGUAUUGGAGAUAGAUAAAGGUAGGUUCUGGCUUGAGACAAUUUCUGAAUGUCCUUGUGAUGGCUUUUGUCCUAUGAAACACCUACUCGAAUGCAUGUAUCCCCCCUGAUUGAAAGGAGGGUAGUUGAUGACCCUGUCUUCUGAAU